AAUUAGUGAUCGAGAAGAAUGAAUGUAUAACGCUGAAGGGAAGUUUUUAUGGACUAACGUUCGAUCACACUGGUCAUGAAUGUCGAACCCGGAAUUUCUACCUCGGCCGUAUUGUGAAGUUAUUAAAAGUCCCCCUCUGUGGCAGCUGUGUAAGUGUACUGUAUUUGGACAGGACAGCGGCAGUGAUUUACUUGUGUGAUCUAGUGGGAGGAGUAGCUCCACCCGCUGGAGAGCGCCUGCUCCUGCCCGGGGGAGGGGAAGCUUUGUCCGGAUACGUGGUGGAACUUGAGGCGGUCCUAGAGACCCACGCACACCGACAGUCCGGUGGACCAUCCCCAGCCAGCCUCGGCACCAAACUUUCCCAAAAUAAAAAAAAUGGCACCCUCCACUUCUUCCCAACGCUUCUCUGCGCUCUUGAUCUUACUCGCCGCCUCUGCCGUGGACUCCCAGUACGAGAAAUACAGCUUCAGGAGCUUCCCCAGGAGCGAGCUGAUGCCGCUGGAGUCCGCGUACAAGUACGCGCUGGACCAGUACACCGGCGAGAAGUGGAAGGAGACGGUGGAGUACAUGGAGGUGUCCCUGCGGCUCUACCGGCUGCUGCGGGACAGCGAGGCCUUCUGCAACCUCAACUGCAGCUCCAUGAGGCUGGACGACGAGCACAAGUUCGCGGAGUUCGCGGAGCUGCGGGCGUUCGGGAACGUGAUGAAGAGGGCGCAGUGCCUGAAGCGCUGCAAGCAGGGGCUGCCCGCCUUCAGGCAGACCAUGCCGAGCCGGGACACCAUCGACGAGUUCGAGAGGAGGGAGCCGUACAAAUACCUGCAGUACGCGUACUUCAAGUCCGACAACCUGGCCAAGGCGGUGUCUGCCGCCCACACCUUCCUGCUGAAACACCCCAAUGACGAGAUGAUGCAGAGGAACAUGGCCUACUACAAGAGUCUGCCUGGAGCCGAAGAACACCUCAAAGACCUGGAGACCAAAUCUUAUGAGACAUUGUUUGUGCGUGCGGUGCGGGCGUACAACGGGGAAAACUUCCGGACCUCGGUGUCAGACAUGGAGCUGGCCUUGCGGGACUUCCUGAAGGUCUACGACCAGUGUUUGGCUGCGUCCGAAGGACCCAGGGACGUCAAAGACUUUAAAGACUUCUACCCCUCCAUCGCUGAUCACUACAUAGAGGUCCUUGACAGAAAAGUGACGUGUGAAAGUGACCUGACUCCUGUCGUGGGAGGCUUCGUCGUUGAGAAGUUUGUGGCCACCAUGUACCACUAUCUGCAGUUUGCCUAUUACAAAUUGAAUGACCUGAAGAACGCGGUGCCAUGUGCAGCCAGCUACAUGCUCUUUGACCCCAACGAUGAAGUUAUGAAGAAUAACGUGGCCUAUUACCAGUUCCACAAAAGCCGGUGGGAUCUGACAGAUGAGGACUUCCUGCCCAGAUCAGAGGCAUUGCGGUACUACAAUCAGACCACCAUGCAGCUACAGAUGCUGGAGUUCUCCAGACAGCGCCUGGUGAGCGACGAUGAGGGUGAGGUGGUGGAGUUUUUAGAUGAGUUCCUGGACGAAGAUCAACCCAUGGUGGAAGGUCCGCCGCAACACUGAGGAUCCAACACACAAACAACGAAACGGCACAAACACUCCCCAGUUUGUAUUUAUUGGGUUUUGUACGAGGCUCUGAUUGGUCACUGUGUUCUUACCUGUAGAUUCAAAACCCUGAUUUUAAAAAAAAAUUUUUUCCUAAUCUCCUAUUUUGUGCACUAAAUAUCCAUCUGAGUGGUAUGGACAUACUGUACAGCACAGUGGCUAAAUGGUUUAAAGACGGUUAUGAGAAUAGAGAUUUAAAUAUUUUUUACUUGCUUGUUUUUGGAAUCAUUCCUUCACUGUGAAUCUUUUUCUUACAAAGACGGCAUUUUUUUUUCUUCUUUUUUUAACAAUGAAAUGAUAAUAAAACUUCAGGUCUUUUAAGUGACUGUCACAGUGUUGUUGUAAUAGCUCAGCUGUUUUUGUCCAUUACAUUUCAUUCAAUAUCUUGGAGAUAUCAGAAUAUAUAUUCAAACAAACAACAAAGAGGAACAAAAUAGGUCUAUAUAAAUAAAAAACAAAAGAUAAGGACAUGAACCAGUAAAGUUAAAAAGGGUGUAAAAAGAAGAUAUUUAUAUUUGUCUUUGAAUAUAUCAGUCUUUAAAUUAAACUGCUAAUGUUUUAAAUGAGA